CUCUGCUAACCUCAAAAGACAAAAAACCAUGGUAGAGAGGGCAUUUUGGGAUAAUUAUGAGCUAAACGCACACGAGCACCGUGUAUCCUACGUUAACCAUCGUGAUGGUUUGGAAUGCGAUGCUUGCGAUGCUUGCGAUCGAUCGUAUGGUGAUUGCUUCUCUUGCAGUGAAUGCAAGUUUACUGUUCACCGAAAAUGUGCGUCUGUGUUCAUGACUGAAAAUAUAUUAGACCACCCUUCUCAUGCUGGGCAUUGUCUUAAGCUUCUCACUACCGGAGCUCCUGAUCUCACUGACCCUAAAUGCCAUAUCUGUGGUAAAAACACCAAGCGCCUUCUUUACCAUUGCUUUGAUUGCAAACUCAAUUUGGAUAUCAAUUGCAUAGUUGAUGCCCUGUAUGCUGGAGCCCAUCUGACUAUGCCUUGGCACCACCAUCGUCUACUCAUGCUUGAUUUUGGUGCCAACGUGGAAUGCGACUUUUGUCUUAAGGAUGGCAAACAUGGCUAUUUCUGCACUCUUUGCAGGUUGGUGAUUUAUGAGGAUGAGGAAUGUAUCUUCCUUUUUGAAUCACUAGAGAUUAGUCACCCUUCUCAUGCCAGACACCCUCUUAAUUUGAUCACCAGUGGAGCACCAGAUUACACAGACCGAACAUGUCAUAUAUGUGGAGACGAGACUGGGAACCUACUUUAUCAUUGUGAUAUUUGUAAGUUCAAUUUGGAUUUGGCUUGCGGGAUUGAAAAUCCCCCACCAAUUGCUCUUUCAAAUCUGAAGGUCCAUAAGCAUACACUCACACUCAUGCCAAGGUUAAUCUCCUUCGUUUGUGAUGCUUGUGGGAUGAAAGGCGACCGUGCUCCUUAUGUUUGUGUUCAAUGUGAUUUCAUGUUCUUCCAUCGAGAGUGUGCUCAACUACCACGUGUUAUUCACGUCAAACACCAUGACCACCGCGUUUCAUACAAGCAUUCUCUUGGUCCUGGAGAAUGGAGAUGUGGAGUUUGUUGGGAAGGGAUUGAUUGGUCAUAUGGGGCUUAUUCAUGUUCUCUUUGUCCUAAUUAUGCUAUUCAUUCACUGUGUGCAACGAGGGAUGACGUGUGGGAUGGGAAAGAGCUUGAUGGGGUACCUAAACAAAUUGAAGAUAUCGAGCCAUUCAAGAGGAAUGAUGACAACACAAUCACUCAUUUCGCUCAUGAACAUAACCUGAUCAUGAGUGUCAGCAAAGACGGUGAAGAAAGCAGCUUCUGUGGAGCAUGUGUUCGUCCCAUCGGUUCUUACACAUUCUACAAGUGUUCACAAUCAGAUUGCAAUUUCAUUCUCCACGAAAUUUGUGCUGAUCUCCCUAAGAAGAAACGACAUUUUCUGAGCCCACAACCUCUCGCUCUUUGCCCCCAAAGCCAAAGCUACAGAGAAAUUUGCGGAGCUUGUCAUCAAGUUUUUUGCGAGGGAUUCAUCUACAAAACAGAUUGGGGCGAGCUCUUUGACUUAAUAUGCACUUCCAUUACGGUGCCUUUUAUCCAUGGAAGUCAUGAUCAUCAUUUGCUCUACCUCAAACUAGAAUUUGAUGACAUGAAGACUUGCCAGAACUGCGGCAUGGAUGAAAGAAGCGUCGCCAUAGGUUGUAUGAAAUGCGAUUACUUUUUGGAUUUUUGUUGUGCCACUCUACCAUUAACGGUAACGCUUCCGAGGUACGAUGAUCAUCCACUAACUCUAUGUUAUGGUGAUAAAAAGGCAAGCAGCAAAUACUGGUGUACGCCCAACCAGGAGGAACGACAAAAAAAGAUAUUGAACUGCUGUCGAACAGUAGCUCUUCACGGCCGUUUUGUAACACAUGUCUAUGUCGCUGCCCAGGUCCCUUUAUUCUUAUGAGAAGAAAAAACGGAUUCUUCUAUUGUUCUUACUAUUGUUUCGCAUCUGUUAAAACUAAGAGGGCCUCCACAUUUAAGUUCAG